GUGAAGGACGUGAUGAGGAAUGUGAUGGAGGAUCUCGGCCAGACCAAUCUGGAGCGAACUCUUCUCAGCUGGUGUCAGCUCUCCACGCAGGGACCUGACCUCUUCAAGUACAAAGACCUCCAGAACAGAGACAACCUCUACCGCCUCAACCACGCCUUCCAGAUAGCCAGCGACAAACUGGGCAUUGACAGACUUCUGGACGCAGAAGAUAUGACCGUUGAGGUCCCGGACAAGAAGUCAGUGAUGACCUAUCUGAUGUGUAUGUUCCAAGUUUUGCCUCACGCCAACCUGGCCUCCCGCGCCAACAGCUCGGGGAUAUCGGACGUGGUGGUGUCCCCACCCGUGAGUCGCAAGAUCUCGGCGGAAGUGGAUAUUGGUCACGUGACGCCCAGGGAUAAGGGAAAUAACCUCUCAGAGGUCAUUCAAAAGAGCAUCGAGGAAGAGCAGAGAAAAGUGGACAGUCUUCAAAACAUGGUGGUUGUGGUAGAUGACAAUAACACAGAGUCAGCGUGUGCGGCCAUGGAGAGCCAGCUGGAGAGUUUGGGCAAGCGCUGGGCUCAGAUCUGUCGCUGGACGGAGGAGCAAUGGUUGUUGCUGCAGGAGCUGCUGAUGAGGUGGCAGCAGUUCUCGGACGAGCAGGACAAGUUCAGUCUGUGGCUCACCCAGAAGGAAGCCAUCCUGCAGAGGAUGCGCUCGGCCAAGCUGGAAACAGCCGAGGAAGUCAUCACGCAAGUCAAGUAUCUCAAGUCCAUUGAGAACGACAUGGUGGAGCAGGUGCGCCGUUUCGAUGCCCUCAACGAGUGCGGUCAGCAGAUCGUGGCGGUGGUGGACAACCAGGAAGCCAUCGCCAAAAUCUCCACGCUGCUGGAGGAGUUCCAGGAGAGGUGGGAGAAGCUGGUGCAGGACAUGGAGGCUCAGAGCAAGGAGAUUGCCAACUCGGGAGUGGAACUUUCCAAAGUGUCGGAUUAUUACGAGGAAGAUGUCAUAGAGGCGGAGUCUGCCAAGGUCACGUCUGCGUCUCCUCCAUCGUCGACGAAGAAGCGGAGAGUGGAGUCUGCAUCCAGGUCCGAGUUUGACCUUGAACUGAAGACCCUACUGGACUGGAUGGACCGGACCGAGUCGACACUUCUGCUGCUGGUCUCCGACAACCCGAGUGAACCGUUCACCGUUGAGGAACAGAGGGUUCUCAUACAGGACACAGAGAGCACCGUGCGGUCACACCAGAUCGACGUGCAGAGGUUGCUGACGCUGGGGCAGACCAUCCUCACGGAGCUAAAAAUAGCCGGGGAGUCUCAGGACGCGAUGACGGUCGUGAUCAAAGGUCUGGAGGAGAGAUGGGAAAAACUCAACGACAAUCUGGCAGAGACGCAGACAAAGGUGGACUUGAAUUUCGAGACAAAAAAGUUUUACGAAGAAAUGUCUGCCCUGCAAGACCUGAUGAACACGUACGUGAAGUGGAUCAGCUCGGCGGAGAACAUCGCUAAAGAUGCUCCGGAGAUUACGAGGCAGCUGGAUCAGUGCAAAGUGAAGGUGAAGGCCAUGCAGUCCCACCAAGACAGGAUCGACAGACUGCGUAUUUUCGGGGAGCAGAUCGUGCGACAGUACAGCGCGGCUCACACCGUCAAGCCUGACAUGGAGGAGCUGUUGGCCAAGUGGCAGGCGACCGCAGGCAAACUAGACGAGCGGCAGAAACAGCUGCUGGAAGCUUUGGACAAAGUUCCCCCUCGGACCUACUUGGAGACCAUGGCGGUGCUGAGCAAGUGGGUCAAGGACAUUGACAAGGUCAUCAAGGGGGACAAGGUUCAGGUGGCCAGUGUGAGUGUCAUGAGCUCACAGCUGGAGACCUUCAAGGAACUUUCUAAGGAGAUGCGUGAACAUGAGAAAAGUCUGGACUACCUGAACAAGACCGGCCGUGACCUCAUCUCUAAGUCCACCGAGGAUCAGGCCAAGACUCUGCAGACCGACCUUGACCGACUCAACGCGGAGUGGGCGGCCGUGGCGACCAGUAUCGAGCAGCGACAGUCCAGGCUGGACAAGUCCGUCGCUAACGUGACUGAGUUUAGGCACCAGAUGGAUGGACUGAACAAGUGGAUGAGAGAGAUGGACGUGUUCCUCCACGCCCCUGAUCCCUCAGUCGGCGAUAUCCCAGCCCUCCAGGCACAGCUACAAGAGAGCAAAGGCGUGCAGGAUGAUGUGAAAACGCUGCAGACCAACGUGAAGAGCGUCAACGCUCUAUGGAAGAAUGUGCUGAGUGACGCCGAGCCAAAGUUCAAGUCGGAGGUGGAGGAGGAAGUGAAAGAAAUGAACGAGAGAUGGGAGAAGCUUGUACACCUGGCAGAGAAACAGAACCUGCGGCUUGAGGCCUCGCUGAAGAAAGGCCGGACCAUCUACGACCGCAUCGAGGCUUUGAACAUGUGGCUGACAGAACUCAAAGAUGACCUGGCCAACAAAGAUUACUCUGUGGAGAACCCCAACGACUUGCAAGUGAAGGCCAGGAAAUUCAAGACGCUCAAGUCUGACCUUGAAGUGAAGAGCGCGGAGAUGGAAGACAUCACCAACGAGGCCAAGGACAUACUCUCCGACUCUCCAUCUGGCUCUCUGCAGGAUCUUGCCCGGCUCCAGAUGCGAAUGAACGCGUUGUGGGACGACGUGAACGCGCGCGUCGACCGCUACCACACGCUGUACGAGUCGGCAGACAGAAAGUGGAAGGACAUGAGAGAUUUGCUCAACGUUGAGAGUCAGUACCUUCAGUCACUGGAGAGCAAAGUCCGCCGGACGUCCACAGCCAGCUCUGAUGCAGAAGACAUCUCGGAGGAGUUGAACGAUGUGGAGACGUACCUGGCAGAGCACUCGACGGAAAACAAACGGCACAUCUCGGAACUGGCCAAUGACCUCAUCCACAACUCCAUCAUGGUGGAAACUGUGCGCAAGGAGUUGGAGGAUUUCCUCAGGAAGAACGAGAAGGUGGAGAGUGAGGCUCGGAGCAAGAUCCAGCGUCUGGAGCAAUCCAUCCAGCGGGCGCAGACAAUCGAGCGCCAGAUGUUGGAGAUGUCGCAGUGGAUGGGGGACGUGUCGCAGCUGUUGCAGAACCGCCUCGAUGCGGACAUGCUGGCCGGGGAUGUGCCGCAGGAGCACGAGACUCUGCAGCUGGAGGUGAAGCAGCAGCAAGAACUCCUGGAGGAGCUGGAGAAGAACGUUCAGGAGUACAGACAGCAGGGCAAGAUGGAGGCCUCGGCGCGCCUGGAGCAACAGACGCAGUUGUUGAAGAAACAUUUUGCUGAAGUCAUGGUCAAGUUUCGGAAGUUUCAGCGACCGGCCGAGUUUGAGCCAAAGAUGACACAUGUGUGGAGAGAGCUGGGGGCCAUCCAGGGAACCGUACAUCUGCUGGAGGUUCCCAGCGACGAACCAGAGGCCAUCCAAGAGAGGCACGAGAACUGUAUGAAAUUCUACCGCACAAUGAGCGAGCUCAAGCCGGAAGUGGAGACGGUCUUGAAGACCGGCCGCCAGAUUGUAGAGCACAAGCAAGUGGACUUUCCCGAUUGUUUGAGCAAACAGCUGGAUGCCAUAAAACAGCUCUACAAUGAGCUGGGGGCGCAGAUCAAACAGAGCAAGGCUGCCCUGGAAAAGUCUCUGAAGUUGUCCAAGAAGUUGAGGAAAGAGCUGGCGGCGGUGCAGGAGUUUAUCGACACCUCCAACAAGACUUUAGAGGACAGGGAGGACAAGGGAGAGACAAAUGUGGAUGAGGAGCUGAGAUACAUUGUGGCCAGCCAGGAGGAAGUGGUCCAGAAAGAAGCGGCGCUAGCCUCGGUUCACGACCUCAUUCACCAGCUGCAGGACUUGUCAGAUGAGGUGGACGUGAGGGAGUCGCGGGACCACGCCCGCCAGCUGACCCAGGACAUGCAUGAGUUGUCGCAGAGACUGGUCAAACACAAGACCAAGGUCCAGGAGAAUACGCUUGCCCUGGAGACCCAGUUUGUGGACUUCCAGACGCAGAUCAUGAAGAUCAAAGAGUGGCUGGGGCGGGCGGAGACGAUCGUGGGCGCUCACAGCCGGCUGUCUGAGCAACAGCAACGCCUGACCCCGCACAGGGAAACCAUCAAGACGAUGCAGAAACAGAUGAACGACCUGCGGAGCCAGGUGGACGAGAUCCGAGACCAGGCCAUCGACCUCAUGUCCAAGAGCGACUGCUACAACCGCAUGGUGGAGCCUGAGCUGUCGCAUAUCAACCAGCGCUGGGAGGAGCUGUCGCAGAAGAUUAGGGAGCGACAGGCCAGCCUCCCCCCAGAGAGUCCGACCUUACAAGAGACCCGCACCGCUGUUCAGGUCAGCUUCACGUCCCCCGGCAGCCCCUCAAGGUCAAAGGUGGAAGGUGGAGAAGCUUUCAACCAAGUCUACGACGAGCUCAACAACAAGAUGGACGAGUUUGAGAGCCAGGUGUCCACGGGCGGUCAGCUACAGGAAGCGGAGUACUCACGGGGGCUGGAGGAGGUCGUCAAGAUCCGCUGGCUGUCCAUCCAGAGGGACGUGGAGAGCAAGCGACACGAGGUGGCCACGGUGCUGCCCGGGCUGAGGGCGGGUGGGGAGGACAGGGAGGAGUUCAUUCAUUGGCUGGAGGAGGUGGAGGGGAGGGUGGUCAAGCCACGGACACACGAGGACACACAG